GUACCUGAACAGAUCUUUUAUAUCAGCAGUGUUAGAUUAGCCUAACUCUAAACUAUUUAUACCAAAGUGAUUUGGCGUUUUGGUGUUCUCGAUGCCAUCGUGUAAAGAAAAAAAAAAAACGUCCAAAACGCAAAAUCGUUUCUUCAAAGUUGCAGCCUAUUUAAGUACUGCCAACAAUACAUCGAUAAAGGCUUGUUAUAUAACGAGGAUACUGUACUUAAGAUAUGUAAUUUAUUGUACAAACCAGGAAAUCCUGGCUAUGGGAUGGGGGUUUUAUAUAAGCUAUAAAUGUCUAUUGACUAGUUAUUCUUUUUCAAGGAUUUAAGAUGUUUUUUCAAUUUUGAAUCAGCAUCUACUAAAUCAUCGUCAUCAAGCAUAACGUCGUCUUUAAAAGUAGCACCAUCGGCAUCAAUGUCACUAUUUCCUUCGACAUCGGAUUGAUCCAGUGCAUCAUCAUUUUCGCUUUC